AUGGCGUCGCCGCCGCCGCCGCCACCGCGCGUGUGCGUUACCGGGGGCGGCGGGUAUGUUGCCUCAUGGCUCGUUAAGCUCCUCCUCUCCCGCGGCUACGCCGUGCACACCACUGUCCGCGACCCAAGUGAUCCCAAGAACGCCCACCUCCGGCGGCUGGACGGGGCCCCGGAGAGCUUGCUCCUGUUUAAGGCCGACAUGCUCGAUGGCGACGCCCUGGCGGCCGCGGUCGCCGGGUGCGAGGGGGUCUUCCACGUCGCCUCCCCUGUGCCCGCAGACAAGUCAGAGGUACUGUCUCCUGCUGUCAAAGGAACUCUGAACGUUCUUCAGGCUUGCUCGGCAAAUAAUGUUCAGAAAGUUGUCGUGGUUUCAUCCACAGCUGCUGUUCAUUAUAACCCGAGUUGGCCCCAAGGUAGAAUCAAAGAUGAGAGCUGCUGGUCAGACAAAAAAUUUUGCAUUAAGAAUGAGAACUGGUACACUGCUGCCAAGACAAUUGCUGAAGAGACAGCAUUGGAGUAUGGAGAGAAGAAUGAACUACUUGUUGUUACAGUUUGCCCUUGUAUCGUUUUAGGUCCACUCCUGCAGCCUCUGAUCAAUACCACCAGUGAAUUCCUCAUCUACAUUAUAAAAGGUGGCCUAUAUAUAUUCCUGCUAGUUUCAAACACCCAUUAA